GGCAUCUGUGCUUUGACCCUCGCUCACAAAGGUAUGUCUGUCAAGAAGGCUAUCCAAGACUUUACAGACCUUAGCCAGCGCGUCUUUGUCUCGCAACCAAUUUGGGCAAGGGCCUUUAAUCUGAUCGCACGAGGAUCGAUCUACGGUAGUAGUGCCAUAGACGAAGCUCUAAAGAGGCACUAUGGUGAGAGCAAGCUAUCUGACUAUACCCCCGCGACUGCUCGGGCUGCAAAGAUUCUCGUCACAGUCAAAGGAACGCCAAAAGGGGAUCAUAUACUAAGUAACUUUAAUGGGGUCGGCCUCGAUAACUCUCACAAAGAUUUUGAACAGACAUUUUGUCAUCCAGAUGACGAGGAAGGGCAAAAGGCAAUCCUUGCCUGGGAAGCUGCGCGGUCCACCUCAGCUGCGCCCGUUAUGUUCCCAACCUUCACCAUCGACGGUGUCGGCACAUUCCAGGACGGUGCCAUGUGGCGAAAUAACCCUGCCGACGUGGCGCUAUCUCUCGUCCCUGCCCUGACGCAGGGUCAUUGUCUGCCGGAUAUUCUGUUGUCAAUUGGCACAGGUUUCGAGAAGAGGCUACAGCAAGGCCACCGUGAACCGCAACCUCCUACACGAGUUACGAUUCCUCUGAUAGAUCUCUUACGUCGGCUCUACGCCUUCAUGGGCGACAAUAUUGUCACAGACGGAGAAAAGUUUCAUAACCAUAUCAUGGCAGGGAGAUCCGAUGUAGGCAGCAGGUUCAGACGACUAAACGUCCCACUUUCAGAAGGUUACCCUUCAUUAGACGACGCAUCCUCCAUACCUAGAUUAAUGGAUGAGGCUGCGGCGCACUUUAAAUCUCACCCCAGUUUGCAAGAGGUGCUGGAUUCUAUCAUCUCUAGUUUCUUUUACUUCGAGGUCUCCAGCCGGCCUAUACGACACCGAACGCAUGUGAGCUUCUGUGGCCGUAUCUUGUGUGAUAUUCAACCAGGCCAUCGGCUUAAACAUUUCAUCAAAGAUUUGCGAAUACGUGGGGCAGAAUUCUCAAUCAAUGGCAAGUUCACAGCACUCGACAGCGUAGGAGAGUGGAACGGAAGAGAAGUUGAUUUUGAGAUACCUGUUCGAGGGACGGUUGCUGGACUCCACACACGGCUCGAAAUAUUUCUCUGCUGGAACAUGCUUGGCCGACAGAGCAAGGAACUGAUCAGUCGCUCUCCCUUCAGUCUGAAUGAGAUCAUGGAGGCCCAAGGCUGGGACUCUCCCCAAUCCCGGGCUCUACGACAGCCGGUAAGAAGCGGACGUAAGCGUGGGAUUGAUUGUCACGCUGCUUGGAAGCGGAUUACGAAGGCCCGGCGGUAG